UGUAUGUAUAUUAAAAGUGCUUCUAAUAGAAGAAACAAAAGAAAGAGACAGUGAGAAACAAUGAUUGCAGUCUUUGUAUUUUUGAUACCAGCACUUUGGUUUACAGGAGCACAGGGUGCAGUGAGUUUUUGGCCCUUAGCUGUCAGAGAUGGAGAUGAAGUCACUUUGCCUUGUUCCAAUUACUGCGGUAACAGUGUCACCUGGCACUUCAGGGGGUUAAGACCAGGAGCAGAAGAAGCAGAGCUGUUUAAUCAAGGUCAAGAAAAAGCCACAUCAGACCGACUGAGUGUGGACACAAACUGUUCUGUGGUUAUACACAAGGUAACAGUUGAGGAUGCUGGUUAUUACACCUGCAGGGUGGCUGACAAAACAGGGAGAACUCCUGGUUUUGUUCUUGACAUCGACCUUGCUGUUGUUGUCAUGACUGAAAAGAAGUAUGGAGAUACAGUGACUUUGAACUGCUCUGUGUUGUCUGAAAAUUGUGAACACACAGAAGUGAAGUUGACCCACAUCAUAGGCAUCAAUAUGUAUAAUUCAUUUAUGAAAACAUCACUGACUUUAUGCUCUUCUUCUGUGACCAUUCUGAAUACUAACUGCAGCCACAUAUCAAGUUAUGACUUUGUAUGUGAUGUUACAAUAUAUUACAGCAACCUGGCGUUUUCUUACAACCCGUGUUCAACAAGUGAAGAAACAAAUUCAUCAACCACAUCUAAAAACAACACAAAUACAGUCACUGAAAAUAAACCUGGAGAUAAUGUGCCUUUAAACUCCUCUAUCUUGACUCCCAAAAAAUCUGAAAACGCAGAAGUGAAGUGGAUCCACAACAGCACAGUCUGGUGCAGGCUCAUUAUUGUGGUUGUGAGUUUGGCAGCACUCAUAACAGUUGUUGUGAUCAUCAACAUACUGACAAAAGCUGCAUAAUGAGGAAGAUGAUGGAGUAGCAAAGCAUGAAAAUGCCCAGCCUUCUGAUGAGAUCUGAACAACAUCAGCGUGCUAUAUAUUUGCGCAAGUAAAGAACCUUUAAAACAGAAACUGAUUUUCACUCUGUGUAAAUUUGGGCAGCAUUUAAGUCUGUAAUCUUAUUUUACUAAAUAUAUUUUCUUGUAUUAGUUGUUGAAACAUUUCUCUUAUGGUCAAGAGAAGAACAAGAAGAAAAAACAAAACAAAAACUACUGCUGUGGUGGCUGAGGUACUUUUAUUACUUGAUCUGGAAAAGUAAUAAAAUGCCACUAUUUAAGCAGACAAGAGGCAUUUAUAGGCCUUCAUACCCUGAAUGGGUAAACUGUCUUAAAGCCUAUUUCAAGGAGGCCCAGUGGAUCUUUUAGGCCAGCAGCCUGGCCUUUAGCUGUGUACUUUUUUUUUUUUUUUGCCUCUGUAGCACUCUCAAGCACAACCUAGUUCUUCAAAAAGCAGUUGUACAGAAUAUGUAUUCAUAUUCUCUAAAGCAGUUGUACAGAGAAAAUUAUCUGUGCAAGGACAAAUGUCAGAAUGGAGAUGGUCUGCAGAAUGUAUAUGUGCUCACGUGUCUUAAACUUGACAUCAAACAUAUAAAAUAUUUGUUAUAUUUUUACAUUUUAUAUUUUAUGCUUUACAUCUAUUUCCUGAAACACUCCUGUAACCACUUCGACAUAUAAAGGUUAAUAUAAUUUAGUCCUGAGUUGAGGAAUUUUUCAGCAGCAAAAACUCAUUUUUAUGACUGUGUAAGAAAGAAGUGUCUGUGAAGG